AUGGGCGACUCAAAGGAAGUGUCUGGAUCGGGGGGGUCAGCAGCAGCCGCAGCUUCUUUGCUUCGCCGGGGUGUUCUGUGUUUCUCACGGGGCUGCACGAGCCAGGAGAUAUCAGCAGCAGAAAAAGAAGAAAACAAAAAAAAUAAAACAGAAAACAACUUCACUCUACCGCCUGAAGAAGGGCCCCGUGUGCUCGUGACAGUCGGCAGCACAGCCUUUGAGGGUUUGGUGGCGGCUGCGGGGUCUGAACCCUUCUUAGAGGCUCUGCGGUGUAUAGGCAGGGUAUCGCUGACAGUGCAAGUGGGUCGGGGAAAGAAUAUUCCUUUUGGUGUAUCUGGGGCUUCUCUAUCGCUGCAUGCAUCUGGGGUGUAUGUACAGGUUGCGGGGCUGUCGCGUGUACGUGUGGUUCGUUAUAUUCCUUCUUUGUCUCAGCUGCUGCAGCACUUUGAUUUAAUUAUUUCUCACUGUGGGGCUGGAACUCUGAUAGAGUCUCUGCGGGCUUCGCGCCGGGUCGUUGCAUGCGUAAACCCUGAUCUCUAUAACAACCACCAGCUGCAGCUAGCUGUACAGCUAGCCAGGGGCCACCACUGUGUUGCUGUGCUGCACCUCGCUGACCUGCCGCACAAAAUACUAGAAGCCUGGAGGCGGCCUCUCCUCGUCGCCCCCAACCCCGCAGCAACUGCUGCAGCAGGAGCAGGAGCAGGAGCAGGAGCAGCAGCAGCAGGAGCAGGAGCAGCAGCAGCAGCAGCAGAAGAGGCAGCUGCAGCAGGGGACAGGCAGCUUUUGCUGUUUGUGGGGGGAGGAGACUGUCUCCUUUUGGGGGACGAGGGGGGUUUUGUUUCUGUGUUUAGCUUGAGGGCCCGCAAGGCUGUCUCUCUUUUGUCUCCUUCUAGCCGCUCUUGUCUCCCUUUUGACCCCCUAACAAACCCCGUUGGUGCUGCUGCCUCGGCCUUCAGCAGCAGCAGCAGCAGCAGCAGCAAUGGCAGCGGCAGCGGGACGAGCUCUCUGCUGCACAUUGAACCACUUGCCAGCAGCAGCAGCAGCAGCAGCAGCAGCAGCAGAGUGCUGCUGCAGCAAAGAGAUUCUCAGAUAUCUGUCUUCGAUUUGCAUGCACAAACAUUUGCGGAGUCUUUCAAGACAGGGGCUUUCUCUUUCUGCCGCUGCGCAGCCCCCCAACGCAGCAACAGCAGCAGCAGCAGCAGCAGCAGCAGCAGCUGCAGCAGCAGCAGCUUUGGCUACGAGUGUGUUGCAGCGCCUGUGGGGGAGCUGGAGAGCGCGGGCUUGUUUGACCUGCGGGCGCUGCGGCAGCGUGGGGCCCCGCAGGGUUGUGUGUCUCCGUGUGUAGAGUUUAGAAUGAAGAGAGACAGUGCAACUGAGUCUGUAUUCACCUCCCUGCUGCAGCAGCACCAGCAGCAGCGGCAGCAGCAGCAGCAGCAGCAGCAGGAGGAGCAGCAGCAGCAGCAGCAGUUGUUGUCGCUGCCAGCAGAUAUAUCCAGCUGCGGCACACUGCAGUGCGUGGGUUUUGUCUCUUCUUUGCCGCUGCUGCUGACUGCAUACGAGCUGCCUGUUGCUGCUCUUUGGGACAUCCGCAGCAGCAGAUGCCCCCUCUCGCUGCUGCUGCUGCCGCCAGCAGACUCGCCCCCAGCUCACCUUGCUGUUGCUGGCAGCAGGGCUUGGAUUGCAUGCAUUGAGGGGCCCCUCUGUCUCCAACGCAUCGCCCGCAGCAGCAGAAAACGAGACACGCAUGCAGCAGCAGCAGCAGCAGCAGAGGCACCAGCAACAGCAGCAACAAAGGCAGCACACGCUGCGACUGGAGACAAUGAAACUGGCAGCAGCAACGGCAACUGUAGCAGCAGCAGCAGGAACAAUAGCAGCAGCAGCAACAGCAGCAGCAGCAGUGGGAGUGCAUAUAUUGUGCCAGUUGCGCACGUGCGAAAGUUUGAAGACAAGAGCAGCAGCAGCAGCAGCAGCAGCAGCAGGAGCAUUGCUGCUGCUUUAGAUUGUUUAGAGGGGACACAGCCGCAUAUUACUUCUGUUGCUGUGCGUGGUGAUGGGUUGCUCCGCGUACACCCCAGCAGCCAGCAGGCUCUAUAG